AUGUUCCCAGCUGUACUUCUACUGCAAUUGGCAUUAUGGGCCGUGUCCACAUCUGCCUUUUACCCGUACACGCCAGGAUGGCUCAAAGAAAAGGAGGAUGUCACCCUCGACGAGGCCAAAAGAAGUUCCGCUGUAGGGGACGCUCGAGAUGGUUUAAUAUUUAGAAUCGAGAAGAGAACGCAGGAAAAUGAAUCUCCUGCUGUGCUAGCUGCAGAGCAAGCUGCCUGGCUGAAGCACAAAUUCAAACAUAGUCGUUCUGGAGCGCCCGUCAACGCUGUGGAGAAAAGAGCAAGUCAAUACAAAAUUAUGGAAGCCACUGAACCAAGCGAAGUCAUGGCUGCCGGAAUCACUCAGGAUGGAACCGAUUACUCAUAUUUUGUGAAAGUAGGGCUGGGUUCCAAGGGAAAGCAGGUGUAUUUACUUGUUGACACUGGCGCUGGGUCAACUUGGGUUAUGGGAUCGGGCUGCACCGAUACACCCUGCUCCACGCACACCACAUUUGGCCAGGGUGAUUCAAGCACAUUUACCGAUGUCGGCAAAUCUUUCUCCGUUUCAUAUGGAUCUGGAGCGGUUCAAGGCAAACUAGUUACUGAUACCAUUAACGUUGCUGGUAUCAGUUUGAAGUACACUUUCGGUCAGGCUUCGAAAACUUCGGAUGUGUUUUCGCACUUCGCAUUUGACGGCAUUUUAGGUAUGUCCAUGGGACAGGGCGACAGCGACAACUUCCUGAAGACACUGGUGGAAGCCAGGAAGCUUGACAAGAACUUGUUUAGCAUCCAUCUCAACCGGGCAUCAGAUGGAUCGAACAACGGCGAGAUCAAGUUUGGAUCAACAAAUCCCAACAAGUAUACAGGGGAUAUUAGCUACACCUCGAUUGGCUCCAAAAAAGGUGACUGGGCUAUUCAGAUCGACGACAUGGCCUACGAUGGCAAAAAAGCAGAUGCUGGAGGUGUGCUGAGCUACAUCGACACUGGCACUUCGUUCAUUUUUGGGCCCCCCAGUUUAGUCAAGAAGAUUCACAACACUAUUCCGGGAUCCUCUAGCUCUGACGGGCUGACUUACACUGUUCCCUGCUCAAGUAACAAGUCAUUGUCAUUCACGUUCUCCGGGGUUGAUUACAAGAUCUCUUCCAAAGAUUGGAUAUCGCCAAAGGACAGCUCAGGCAAUUGUACCAGUAACCUUUACGGCCACGAGGUUGUUGAUGGGGCAUGGCUUCUGGGAGACACAUUCCUCAAGAAUGUCUACGCAGUUUUCGAUGCUGACCAGAAGCGAAUCGGGUUCGCGGCUCCAGCUGACUUCAAGGGCGGACCAAGCUCCAGUUCCAGCAGCGGCAGCAGUUCGCCAACACCGACAACUGUAGGUUUAACUACCGUCGCUACAACAGCACUGACGACCGGUGAGACGUCUCAGCCUGACUUUUCCACACAGUCCAAGCGACCGCCACUUGGUCUAAGCGGUCAUGAAACGGGUUCUACAAGAUCUAGCAGCGCUACUGCCAAGCCAACGGAAUCUACAAAAUCAGCGGCACCAGACGCGAGUGCACGGCAAACCGCCAAGCUAGCCGUUGUGUUUUUUUUUGCAGCUCUGGCAGCAUUGGUUGCGUGA